UUUUUAUGAAACUUAAGUUUAAAAACUUUCAGCAAAAACUUAUAAAAUUAAUAAAAACAACGACGACAGCAAAAUAUAUAGCUUUGAAAACUGAUGAUUUUUAAUAGUUUUUUAAACCUAAUAGUUUACUUCUUUAUAUUUCAUUGCAAAUGCCAAUUUUCAUCUUUCAUCAAUCUUAAUAAUGAGAAAUCAAAAGUAACCUUUAUUUCCCUGAGUAGAAUUACUGAAACACGCUUAGUGUCAAAGGCUAUAUUGCUUAACAUGAGUGCAUCUCAUCAAUCAUUAUGUAUGAACAGGUGUAUUAAAACGACAAGUUGUACUUCGUAUAAUAUUUUUAAAAACAAAGAAAGCUUGUUUCAGUGCCAGUUAUUAUCAGAAAAUAAAUAUUCGAACUCAAAUCAAUUGGAAAAAAAAGUUGGUUGGAUUCAUGCUAGUAUUCAGAGCGUUUCGUGUGAUAGAUCACCUUGUAAAAACAAUGGUUUAUGCAUACCAAUAUAUGCCGAAAACGAUUAUGUUUGUUAUUGUUCCGCAGAAUACUUAGGGCCAUUAUGUAUCUUUACCUAUGGAAAACUUGGGAUGUUGGAAAGACACUUUAAAUAGAGCCAUGACAACAUUGGAGGGUUCAUCUAUUAUGCUUAAUGGUAUAUACCAAAACCGUCAAAAUGCUAUUGAAAAAUGUUUUAAGAUUGCUAAUCUAAAAGGGUAUUCAAUAUUUGCAGUUCAAGAUGGUGGUUAUUGCUCUGCAUGUAAUGAUGACUCAUACAAAAAAUAUGGAUUAUCAAAUGUAUGCAACGGAAACGGAAUAGGUGGUUUAAUGGCAAACCAAGUAUACAUAAUUACUAAGAAAAUGUCAUUUAAAUAUGCAGGUUGUUGGGCAGAUAAGGUAGUUAGAUCUUUAAAUGUUUUAGAGGGUGUAGCUUCUAUUCUGGAUGGUCCGUAUAAAAUGCGCGUAGAUGCUAUCAACAAAUGUCAUUUUGCUGCUAUUGAACGAAAUUAUGAAGUAUUUGCAGUUCAAGACGGUGGAUGGUGUGCAGCAGGAAAUGGAGAUUCAUACAAAAUGUAUGGAGCUUCACUUAAUUGCAUAGCAGGGGGAAAAGGCGGAGGUUUGGCUAACGCAGUUUAUAUCAUUGAUCCGAUUUAAAUACUUUUAAACAGUUGUGAUUGUAACUUUAAUUUUAUUUCUUGUUUCUUUUAA